AUGAAAUCUGAUGUAACAGUACCAUCCAUGUCUAUCUGUAAAGCAUAAGAGCUAUAGUAAAAUAAUACGAUAAGAUCAGGCCAUUGGACACCUGCAGAACACUAACUCUACCUUGAUUUUCUACAUCAGUCUUAAGAUUUGAUUGAAUCAUCUUAAAAUAACAAAGGAUAAAGAUUAUUCAAAAAAAUGAGUUAAGUAAUUGCCACAAGAAGUCCAAGUUAGUGCAGGUAUAAUUUUUCAAAACCUAUUACAACAACAGAUCACACCACUAAAAGUUCAAUCCAUUUAAUGUUUAAAUGA